UUGCGGCAAACGGCUUUGUAUAAAACGCGUCGUUCACGGGGGCCUGAAACCACACUCAGUUCCUACUCGUUUCUACCUCUGCCAGAUUCCCCCCGGGCAAACCACACCACACCAACCAUGAACGCCGUGACCGCCCUCGUCGUCCUCGCCCUCGCCUGCACGGCCCACGCCGGCGUCGUGGCCGCCCCGGCCUACGGCUACGCGGCCGGCCCCGUGCUGGCCCACGGCUACGCCGGGCCCCUCGUGGCCCCCGUGGCCACCUCGUACGCCACCAAGACGGUCCACUCUGUGGCCCCCGUGCUGGCCGCGGCUCCCGCCAAGCUCAUCGCUCCCGCGUACGCGUACGCCCCCGCCGUCAAAGCCGUGGCACCGGUCGCGUACGCCGCCCCCGUGGCGUACGCCGCACCCGUCGUGAAGGCCGUCGCUCCGGCGUACGGGCUCGGCUACGGUCUCGGCUACGGCUACGGACACGGGCUCGGCUACGGCGUUGGCCCCGCUCUGGCCUACGGACACGGACUGGCCUACGCGGCUCCCGCUGCCAAGCUUGUUGGACCCGCGUACGCUGCCCCAGCCUACGGCUACAAGCACUACUAAAUGAACACGGAAGUUUUCAAGAGAAGUAGUCGCUCCAGGGAGAUCCACUUCUCGACAACACGGUUGUGCACGUUUCCCCUUCCCCCCGAAAAAAAGAUGAAACUCCUCAAUAUUUUUUUGUGAUAAGAGGUUGUAUAGAAAACGUAGAUAAAAAAAGCUGGUGUCAAAUAAACGUUUUUCUUUUUUUUUAAUUUUUAUAACAAAAGAA